AUGUCAGAAACACUCACAGUGAUGGAGCCCCCUGCCACUGAGUCUCAGACACUCCCCGAACCCGGAUUAGGGGAGCUGUUAGGAAACCCAGAAGGGCAGAACCUGCGGAGCUGUCCCCCUCAGGAGGGAGGUUUCAGGCAGGUGACAGUUACCCACUGGAAGAUCCAAGCAGGAGAGACAGCUCGGGUGGGCAGUAAAUCAGGAGAAAGCCCAGUUCUGAGCUCAAACCUCCUCCUCCUCCAGAGAGAGCUUGUGGAACGGGAAGCCCACCAGUGUGAGACUUGCGGCCAGACCUUCCCAUUUAACUCAGACCUUGUGGGACAUCAGAUUGCUCAUUCUGGGGAGAAAUCUUGCAGGUGUGAGGAGUGUGGGAAAAGCUUCAGCCAGAGCUCCCACCUUGCUGAGCAUCAGAGAGCUCACACUGGAGAAAGACUCUAUGUGUGCAACAUGUGUGGGAAGGACUUCAUUCGCUACGCAGAACUCGCUGAGCACCAGAGGGCACAUGUGGGAGGAAAGCCGUUCCGAUGCGUGCAGUGUGGGAGAGCCUUCCAUCACAGCUCAGACCUGGUUCGGCACCAGCGAGUUCACACCCGGGAGAGGCCUUUCGAAUGUAAGGAGUGUGGGAAAGGCUUCAGUCAGAGCUCCUUGCUUAUUCGCCAUCAGAGAAUUCACACAGGAGAGAGACCCUAUGAAUGUAACGAAUGUGGAAAGUCCUUCAUUAGGAGCUCAAGCCUCAUUCGACAUUAUCAGAUCCACACAGAGGUGAAACAGUAUGAAUGUAAGGAGUGUGGGAAGGCUUUCCGUCAUCGCUCAGACCUCAUUGAGCAUCAGAGAAUUCACACUGGAGAGAGGCCCUUUGAAUGUAACGAGUGUGGGAAAGCCUUCAUUCGAAGCUCAAAGCUUAUUCAGCAUCAGCGAAUCCAUACUGGGGAAAGGCCUUAUGUGUGCAACGAGUGUGGGAAGCGUUUCAGCCAGACGUCAAACUUUACUCAGCAUCAGAGAAUCCACACUGGAGAGAAACUCUAUGAAUGUAAUGAAUGUGGGAAAGCUUUCUUUCUGAGUUCGUACCUUAUUCGACACCAGAAAAUCCACACUGGAGAGAGAGUGUAUGAAUGUAAGGAAUGUGGGAAAGCCUUUCUCCAGAAAGCCCACCUCACUGAACAUCAGAAAAUCCACACUGGGGAUAGGCCCUUUGAAUGUAAGGACUGUGGGAAAGCUUUCAUUCAGAGCUCCAAACUCCUUCUACAUCAGAUUAUUCAUACUGGAGAGAAGCCCUAUGUAUGUAGUUAUUGUGGGAAAGGCUUUAUUCAGAGGUCAAACUUCCUUCAACACCAGAAAAUUCAUACUGAAGAGAAACUCUAUGAAUGUAGUCAGUAUGGGAAAGAUUUCAGCUCGACCCCAAACUUUAAAAAUAAUCAAAGUGUUCACCAGGAGGGACUUCCCUUGAAUAAGACCACCAUACAUUUGGGUGAGAAGUCUGCAGGUCACGGGGAAUGUACAGCUGACUUAUAA